AUCCAAAGAAAUCGUUCCAAUUCAUAUAUCAUGGUAGUAGUUAGGGGGAAGCGACACCUGAGUGAUCCUUCCACAAAAGAGUUUUCAAAACCAUUUACCUUUGCCCGAUUUUAUUAUAAUUAGAAAACUUUUAAACCAAAACUUUGUUACUAGAUAAUGAUUAAAACUAUUGAAGCAGGGGUAGACGGACUGGCCCAAGUUGAUAUUUAAAUACUUCCUCUAUACUGUACCUGUCUAGAGUUUAAAAAUUUGGACUCUAUUCAGGAUUAUAUUGUUGUCUAGUUUCUUGCGAGUCAAGUUUUUGACGCCGUUGCCGGGAAUCAACAGUCUGUUAUCUUGAAAAAGUUGUCGGUUGUUAAUCUAGCUUUUAAUUUUCAGUUUUGCAAUUGUGUGUGCUUUGCUUGUGCUAGACUUGGUGUGUUUUUCGAUUGUGUGUAGACUUGGGAAAUUUCCAACCUCUGUCAACCUUCAUUCAACACAGGACUCAAGUUCAAGGCUCAAGCUUCCAACAACCGUACCAAGCACAAGGUGGCCUAGGGUUUCAACAACAACCCGACAAGCUAUCUAAGAUUGAAGACCUAGUGAACACCUUUGUGAGUACGACUAGCCAAAAGUUUGAGAAGAUAGAGAAAUUUAUGGAUGUGGAGACUACCAAGUUUACCUCGGUUGAUGCGGGUCUCCGAAGCCAUCAAGCGAGCCUCCAAAGCUUGGAGUAGCAAAUCGGCAACCUCACCGAGAGACCCAUCUUUACCUUUCCAAACCCUGGCGAACCCCAAAGACCAUUCCGGGGUAAAUGCACUUCAAGUGAGGAGUGCGAAGGCUAUUCCGGAAAUCGCCACUAAUGAAGUGAUGGAUAAGGAAGAUACCAAAAAGGAAGAGACCAACCCAAAGAAGGGAGAAGGGAAGCCCUCGAGGAAUGAGAGGAAGGCGGCAAGGAAGGCAUUGCCGGAGUAUGGAUACACACCACCUCUUCCUUAUCCCACAAGUAUGUACAAGGAGAGGUUGGAGAAUGAGUGUGGAGGUUUCAUGGAAAUUCUCCGCAACCUCCACCUCAACAUCCCUUUCCUUUAAGCUAUGGCUCAAAUGCCAAGAUCUGCCAAGUACAACAAAGGAUUCCUCACCAAGAAGGCAAAGCUUCAAGGCCUCGCCAACGUGACUCUUGCGAGGAGUGUUCGGCUUACCUCCUCGACCGCUUUCCCAAAAAGCGGUCCGACCCAGGUAGCUUUAAUAUCCCUCUCGAUAUUGGUAACCAUCAUAUAUACAAUGCCUUGGCGGACCUAGGAGCUAGUGUUAAUGUGAUGCCCUACAAGCUUUUCAAAAAGUUAGAAGUAGGUGAACUUAAGACCUUAAAGCUUAGCAUCACCUUAGCCAACCGUUAUUUCAUUAGCUCGAGGGGUAUUGUGGAUGACACACCCUAACCCGGCCGGGUACUACUUUUACCAAAAUGCCCUUGAUAAAUAAAAUACUCAAAUCUUA